AUGAGUAGGCUAUUAUAAAUGCAAAUCUUAAGACAAAAAAAGUUAUAAUAGAGUAAACAUUUUCAUAUCCUACUUAGAUAAAUAGAUAGAUAUAAGAAAAAAUAGAACUAAAUAUGUAAACAGCUUAGAUUAGUUUUCUAAAAGGAGAAAUAGGAUAGUUAUAAUUAGCAGAGAAAUAGCAUGAUAGAAUCAUAUUCGCAUAAGUUAAGCCUAAUACUAUAUAUAUACUUUAUAGGAAUAGAAUUAAUUUUUUCUUAGAAUCAUCCAUUUAGAAAUCAAAAUUUAAGAACUAACAAAAAUCAAAUUUGA